AUGGCAUCCAGUAGCUAUGUAAUGGGUGAUCUUGCUGAACAAUAUGAGAACUUUCAGAUUGAUGAUGAAGAAGAGGGUGUUCUUAUUGAAGGGGAGGCUGAUGGUGAUGAACAGACCUUCGAUGAUAGAUGGUGUCUUGUCGGAAAAUUCCUUACGGGAAGAUCUAUUGAUUUUGAUGCCAUGAGACAUUUAAUGGCAUCUCUAUGGCAGCCCGGUAAAGGUGUGUAUGUUAAGGAAUUAGAAGCUAAUCUAUACCUGUUCCAAUUUUACCAUGAGAUUGAUAUACAGAUGGUGAUUGAUGGAAGUCCAUGGACCUUUAAUAAGGUUCCUCUUAUUUUCCAUCGAUUGAAGAGUGGUGAGAAUCCUAGAAUGAUUCAUUUGCACAAACUUGAUAUGUGGGUACAGAUUCAUAACCUUAAAACUGGGUUCAUGAUGGAUAAAGUGGUGCGUAGUGCGGGUAGUUACAUUGGGACAUAUGUGAAGUCGGAUCCUAAGAAUUUUGUUGGUGUUUGGAGGGAUUAUUUGAGGGUUCGUACUACAGUUGACAUCGAAAAACCGCUAAAGCGCCGGAUGAAAUUGUACAAGGAAAAUGGUGAAUGGAUUUGGGCUAUGUUUCAAUAUGAACAUCUCCCAACCUUUUGCUUUAUUUGUGGUAUCAUAGGCCAUUCUGAAAGGUUUUGUGCUAAACGUUUUGAUCAUGAUAUUGAUCAAAUUGUUAAACCAUAUGGCAUUGGCAUGAAGGCGCAGAUGAGAAGAAGAAAUUAUCAGAUUGGCUCACAAUGGUUGCGUUCUGGAACGGAGCAACAGGUGGCGGUGGAGACGCAUGAUGAUCGGCGAUUGGGGGAAGAAGGGCUAGCUGAUUCAGCGGCUAAGAUCAUAGAGGUUGAUCCCUCAUUUCAGGGUAAUGGUAUUAAUCCUGGUGGUGAUGAUAAUGGAAAGAAUCUGAGUAUUAAAAGUGGUGCUGUAUCUAGUCAAAGAAUAGGGAAAGUGAAUCCCAUGCAAUCAGCUGGUAAUGUUAACGUGGGGGUUGAUGGUGAAGAUAUUUCCAAGAUUAUCCUAGAUUCAAAAAGGAGGCGCAUGGAAGGUGGGAAUAUUGGUGAAAAUGCUGAUGUGGCAGAUGGUGCGUGUGUGAUGAUGGAGAAUGAAGUGUAUGUUGGUGAUGGGCCAAAAAACAUGUCAAAGGUGGGUCUUGGUUCCCAAGCCCACCCAUCAUUAUGA